UCCACCCCGGAUACCGCACUCCUUCUCCCCCCCCCACCCGGCUCGUAUAAAGCUUGCAGGACUAUCAAGCCUUUUCGGGCUGCUCAUUUUCUUCUUGUUGAUGGUCAGACUCUGCGAGAGAAGGAUGAAGUUCCUUGUAGCCGUCACGGUCAUUGUAGGAUCCGUGAUUUUCCUCGCUUUCCCUAACGGCUCGUCCGCUGACGAGAAGAAGAAAGGCCCCAAAGUGACUGCGAAGGUUUUCUUCGACAUUAGAAUCGGAGAGGAAGAUGUUGGCAGAAUCGUCAUCGGGGUGUUUGGGAAAACUGUUCCCAAAACAGUCGACAACUUCGUCGCUUUGGCAACAGGAGAGAAAGGAUUCGGUUACAAGGGAAGCAAAUUCCACAGAGUCAUCAAGGACUUCAUGAUCCAGGGUGGAGACUUCACCAGAGGAGACGGCACCGGAGGAAAGAGCAUCUAUGGAGACCGUUUCCCCGAUGAGAACUUCAAGCUGAAGCACUACGGCCCCGGCUGGCUCAGCAUGGCAAACGCUGGAAAAGACACCAACGGUUCUCAGUUCUUCAUCACCACAGUUCAGACUCAGUGGCUGGACGGCAAACACGUCGUCUUCGGAAAAAUUCUGGAGGGAAUGGAUGUGGUGAGGAAGAUCGAGGGCACAAAGACAGACGGCCGCGACAAGCCUCUUAAAGACGUCACCAUCCACGACUGCGGCAAAAUCGAGGUGGAGAAGCCAUUCGCGGUGGCCAAGGAGUAGAGAGCACUGCUGAGGGGGGAGAACAACAAGGGGGGGAAACAGGACUGGGGGGCAGGGGGGAGGGUAGGGGAGGGGAUGGGAGGGGGGGUCGUUGGGGGAAUCGUGCAGGCCACUUUGUUUUAUCACUACCAGCCCUCUGGUCCUGGAGAAAGGGCUUUGGGUCAUUCGGUGUCAGUGGCUGCCGUCUU